AAUCAACGCCACAGGCCUCUUGACCAGUCUUGUGGCACACACGGCCGCGUGUUAUUUUGUGCACGCUCGCUCAUCCAUAUAUCAAAAUGAAGUACACUCCAGUAAUUUUCGUAGUGCUGUUAUCUAUAAUAUGUGUAAGCCACUGUAAAGAUCUGAUCGUGGGCACGAGUUUCAACAACAGACUGCUUUGGCAACAAAAAGUCGAAUACAAUGCGAUCCCCUUGAAAAAACGGGUCAAAGAAGUAUUCUUCUCAGAUCCAGGACAACAGAUCAUCAAGGGUAUAAUUGCAAGAGAUCUGGAGCACACUGACGCCUCCGCUACCAUCACUUCUGGUGGAAUUGGUUUCUCCUACGCCAAUCUCAGAUUCAAAAGCGACAGGGGCUCCGGCCUCAACUACCAGCUAGAAAUAUAUUCAUAAUCAACCAGAAUCACUCAUACAAUUGUACACAAAAAAUCCGUUGAUUGAAUUUAAAUUCGUCUUUCAAUGUUUUAUUCAUGUUGACCACCCGAAGCAGGGUGUUGUAAAUUGAAAUACAAAAUCCAAUU